GAUCCGGCAACCAACUCGGCUGUGUUUCUCUCGGCGAAUAACUUCGAUCUCGAGCGACGCGAUGAGUUCGACGGCGGCGACGACGACCAAGGGUGGCCGCGGCAAGGCCAAGGGUACGAAGGCUGUUUCUCGGUCGCAGAAGGCCGGUCUCCAGUUCCCGGUGGGCCGCAUCGCUCGCUAUCUUAAGGCCGGCCGAUAUGCUCAGCGCGUUGGUUCCGGCGCGCCUGUCUAUCUCUCUGCUGUCCUCGAAUACCUCGCUGCUGAGGUGCUGGAGUUGGCCGGAAACGCUGCCAGGGAUAAUAAGAAGAACCGCAUCAUUCCGAGGCACAUUCAGUUGGCCGUGAAGAAUGAUGAGGAGCUUGGCAAGCUCCUAGCUGGUGCGACGAUCUCCAAUGGCGGAGUUGUGCCCAACAUCCACCAGGCUUUGCUGCCCAAGAAGCAAGGCGGAGGGAAGGGUAAACCAGAGAUCGGAUCGGCCUCUCAAGAAUUCUAGGCUUUUUUUUUUAAAAAAAAAUCUGCUCAUCUUUCUGUUUUGGAUGCAAAGGAAUCUUUAGAGCUGUAAUUAGAAAUCUCUUUCAAUGGCAGUUGCUUUAUAUGCGCA